UACGAGAAAAUCCACUAUGUGCCCUGCGGCCACGAGGACCAUCGCCUCAUUCAGUACUGCCACUUUGCGCGAAACGAUCCGCUACAUCAAUGCUUCGGCGCAUGGAACAUAAAACGAGAGUGGGAACAACGCGAGGUUGAAUGCAGUCAGUGU